AUGGCGCUGCGGAUGGAGGGAAGGAUCACGCUGUCGGCGGCGCGCCUGGAGACGGAACGGGUUGGAAGCUUCCGGCGAGGGGAGCUGAUGGGAGGGAAGAUCAGGCGGGUGGGAUUCUCCGACUCCGGCGAUGGGAGGAGGGUGGUGAGGACUCUGCGUAGGUGUCUUCCGCGCAUGUCCAUCACCACCGAGUUGCCGGAAGAGAUUGCGGUGCGUCGGCAUUCUUCUCCUCCGUCGUCCUCUGUUUUUCUUUAAUUUGGUCGUGCACUUCAGGUCUCUCCACCGAGGAGGUCCCUCCCCGUAUCCAUCAUACGUGUGAGUGUCUCUCCCCUGAGGGAAAGGCUGCAAGUGCCGCGAUGACGAUGGAGUUGAAUGGUAGGAAGGGACGUAGAAUCGAGAAGGUUGGUCCACAAGGAGCAACGAAUGGAUUCACGAUUACUCCUGAGUUUCGUGCAUCCGAAAUUCCUGUGUUAUAUAAUUCACGUUGUAGAUAUAUGUUUAAGCGAUAAUCUCUCUCUCUGUGCACAACGAAGAGCAGAAAAUCAAUAGUCAGGAUUCUCGUAACGUAGCACCACAACCAGGGACAGCACCGAAACUCCGCCGCAGCGUCUUUCCUGAUUCAAUGGCUGUUCAAUCUAGAAACAGUAAUGAGAUGGAAUGAGGAGGAUCAAAGAGUAUCUAAGGAAUCCUUCAAAACACUUCAGAAAGCUUUCAGAUACUGACUAUGAAUGAAAAAAUAUUUUGCACUUAAGGAACCAGAAUUUUAGACGAUAUUGUCUAUUCAUAUCUUUCCAUGCUUGUGUUCUAUUUUCGGUGAAAUCUCAUCGACGAUGUUUACUCAUGCAUAAUAUUUUAAUCUAUACUUUACAGUUGGAGUAAUGGAAUUAUCGUUGAAGGUGUGCAGUUCAAAGAUUUGGAAAUGGAGAGGAGGAACCCUAGAUCGGUUGUGGCGAUCAUCCUAGGAGGCGGCGCUGGAACGCGUCUCUUCCCGCUUACCAAGCAGAGGGCAAAGCCCGCCGUAAGUGCUUUCUCUAUCAGUAGUAGCAAUAGUGGAGAUUGCGGUAGACAAGAUGGGAUAUGACAAUGGAAUCAGAGAUCUUCCUUUCUUGCUCUCUCUUAUUUUUAAUCUCUUAUAUAUAUAUUUUUUAUUCAGUCUCUUUUAAGCUCAUAUUUUUUCCAUUGAUGGUGUCCUUUCUUCUCUGUGUAGGUGCCGAUAGGCGGUGCUUACAGGUUGAUUGACGUCCCCAUGAGCAACUGCAUCAACAGUGGUCUCAACAAAGUGUACAUCCUCACCCAGUUCAACUCCGCAUCAUUAAACCGGCACCUUGCAAGGACAUACAACUUGGGCAACGGAGUAAACUUUGGAGAUGGUUUUGUGGAGGUACGUGCCAAAAUGGUCGAUACUUGCAUUUUCAUUGGAUCACUUGUUUCAGGAACUGAUUAUAGCGGAGAAAUGUCCACUUUAUUAUUUGUUAUCACAAUCAGGGUUUCAUUAUAUGCAUUUAAAGAGAAGACAUAUUCUGGAAACUGUGGACUGUUUUGCGACUCCGCAUUUGCUUCGAAGAAAUAAUUGUUUUAGUAGCUGUAGAACAUUAGUGCUAAUUGAAGAAGAAGGUAAUUGUAAGGCUAUCAAACUAUUUUUUUUCACAUUUCUUCUUCAUGAUUUUCCACUCAAGUUCUAGUCGUCCACUUUGGUUUACUGUCACUUGGACAUUUAAUCAUCGCACAUGAAUUGAACGCAUGCCACUGGCAUAAAGACACAAAAAAAGGAUAUUCAACCUAUUUUAUGAUUCACUUGUAUACUAAUCACUUCAAGAGCAAUUGUCCACUAAGGAACAUUGCACGACUGCAACACGAAUCUAGGAACUUUCUUCUUGCACAAUAUUAUUCGAAGAGAUGUCUUCUAACAAAAAAAAAAGACCACUGAAAUGCUAUGCCCGUGGAAUAUCGGCAUCUAGUUGCCCACAAUAUCUAUUCCACUGUGUGUCGCAAUAUAGAUGAGAAUAUAAAAUGAUAGAUUCAUAUUCGGAAUCUCCACCCUCUGCUCCGACACAUCAAGGCCUUAUUCUGGUCGGUCUACGUUCCAAUCUUACGUCUAAGAAUAUGAUCGUGGAGCAUGCCUUUCAAGAGAACUGAAGGAUUAAUUGCCUUGUUUUUUAUUAACCUGAGGAUAUCUAAUCUGUCUUCCCCAAAAGGUUGGGCCUUUGGAAUCUGUGAGUUUUUACGAUAUUGAAAAUAUGAGAUGAUUCCGUGUUGUUUUCGCGCGCGCUCCCCAAAGUGAAUUAAUGAAAUCAGGUCUGAGUUCAUCAGGAGGAAUCGAGUAGUAAAAGAGUUAUUCUUUUUUAGCCAUUAAUUAAGUUACCGCUAUUCUACUGGGUUCUUGAACUUGAUACAUGGUGUAGAAACUGGUAUUUUAGGACUGGAUCGUCAUCUACACAUUGUAGCAUAUAUAUUCUUCCUUUUUCUAGAAAAGGUUUUCUCGAUCCCAAGUCUCUCCUUUGACCAAAAUACCCGGAUAAAAACGCUGAAAAAAUGUAUCAUCUUAUGCUUGUGGGUACCUUAAUUCCUAAUUGUGUCAUAAUUCGCAGCCAUGGCACCAGACUUAGUUAAGUUGGAAUUAUUUUUCCAGCAUAAUGAACAAAUCAAAAUGUUUUGGUUUAUCGUCUCAUUGAAAAAUAUACAACUAAUUUUAAUUGAUUUCCCCCCAACAUAACAGGUUCUUGCAGCAACCCAGACUCCAGGUGAAGCAGGCCAGAGAUGGUUCCAAGGAACUGCCGAUGCAGUUCGCCAGUUUCAUUGGCUUUUUGAGGUACUUUGUACUUUAUUUUUCUGGAAAAACACUAUUUUAUUUAACAUUCAUGUCUUUCUUUUCGAAGAAGGUUAGAAAAAGUUGGUGAUUUACUUGAAACUCUAAUGUUUUAAAUAUUUUAAUCCAAAAUAUAUCCCUAUUAACAGUGCAUAUUGAAAAUGAUGAAAAUGGAAUGAGUUAGGCCUUCUACGUCUUGGGAAAGGAUACUCUUUAUUUUGUCUACGUGAUCCUAAAAUGCCAGAAUUUUGGCCUCUUUCUCUCUCAAUGUGGCCUCAAAGUAGUGAGUUUAAUUUAUUGUAAUGGAUGAUGCUCGGAUAAAAAAUAAAUAUUAACCAAGUUUGCUUUAGGUCGCACAUCAUAUGUAGGUGCAUGCUAACAGAGAAAUCAUGGAAGCAUUCUUUCAGUAAAAAAAUAUGAAAAUUAAUCUACGAGAAAUGAGGACAGUAGAGAAACGUUACCUAUCACUGUAAAUAAUUACUGAUGAAAGCAUAAGAACUACUAAAGGAGGGAAUGGAGAACAGGACAGAGGGCAGUGAUUGAGACGGGGGAGAAUGAUGUUUAGAAAGCGGAAGACGCUAUUGAUGCUUCGUUCUGUAUGUGGAAUAAUAGGAAUGCAAAGAAAUAUCAAGUCGGUGAAAUCAGAUUGCGUCCAGCACUGAAUCAUUCGUCCCUGUAUGUGGGUGAGUUUAAAUAAACGUGUUCACGGACAGAAUCUGGAGAUCGAGUUACUUCGUCAAAUGGAGUAUUAAUUACUAUCUUGUAUGGGAAAUUUCCCCGUUUUGAUACUUCCAUCACAUUCUUUUAAAUUUUUUAUGGGAAGCUGAAGCUUCUGAACUAUGCCUCAUUCUCGUGGGGAUUUGAGGAGGCAGAACCUUCCAAAACUGAAGUAAUGGCUUUUACGUGGUAUUUCAAAAUUAACUGGAAUAAUAUUUUUGAUGUGGAUGAAAAAUUCAAAGAUUUAUAAAUUGGCAUUUUAGGUACAUUAGACAUAUAUAUAUAUACAGGGAGAUAAAUACAUAUGCCACAUACAUUCAUCUUUUCUACUGUCAGCUUUUGUAUAUGCUGAUUUUUUUUGCUUAUAGGAUGCAAGAGCUAAAGAUAUUGAGGAUGUAUUGAUUCUCUCUGGUGAUCAUCUUUAUCGUAUGGAUUAUAUGGACUUUGUUCAGGUGAGAUAUUUGAUUUGGCGUUUCUUCCGACUUUAUUUCCCAUUAGAAUGCUAAAUGUUCCUUGUUUCUUCCAGAGACAUCGACAGAGUGGAGCUGAUAUCACCAUUUCUUGUCUUCCUAUGGAUGACAGGUAUUUUAUAGUCUCAUUACAUAAUUCACUGUGUUUUUAUAAAAUUAGGAAUGUAAGAUUUUUCCCAGGAUAAACGAAUUUGAACCAUGAAAUUAAUCUUAAGAAGCGGCCUAAAAGAAGUCUGUCGAUUAGUGGGAGGAUAGUUCUGAUUAGACUUGUCUGGGAUAAUGCUAAGUAGGCAAGGUUGGAACAUUCUGGACGAUAAAUUGCGAGUCUAGGUUGUUAAAGAACUAUCUUUUGAGCAGCGGACAAGAUUUCUGGCUUUACCCAGGCCUAUAUUUCAACUCCCUCGUCGGUCAGUCUUUGAGGCUCGAGUCCUUUGUCCAAGCAAGAGUGAAGCGCGCCUACUGUCUGCAAACAAAAAAAAAUUCAAGCAUAUUUUUUACUUUCCGAAAAUUAUUUUUUUGAGUAUGAGAAUGGUAAAUUACCUAUAAUAUUAUUUUUUUCUACAUGAUGUAUCAAAUUACUGAAUUUUUUCUGCGUUCUUCCUGACAGCCGUGCAUCGGAUUUUGGUUUAAUGAAGAUUGACAACAAAGGCAGGGUAAUGUCUUUCAGUGAAAAACCUAAAGGAGACGAAUUGAAGGCAAUGGUGAGUUAUAUUUUUCCCAAAAAUUUGUAGAUCGUUACUGAUUGCAGACAUAAUAUGAUUUAAAAAAUACUUAUGUCUACGUCUUCUUUAGGAGGUGGAUACAACUGUACUGGGACUUUCCCGAGAUGAAGCUAAAAAAAACCCAUACAUAGCCUCCAUGGGCAUAUAUGUGUUCAAGAAGGAGUUGCUUUUGAACCUAUUAAGGUACAUCAUCACAGUUGUUCUAGUAGUUAUAUAUAAAACCAAUGAAGCUAUUUUUUUGGUCAUCUAUCCUACUUUCAGGAUGAUUAGGUUUCUUAUUUUUUAAUUUAUUUUUCAUCAUCUUGUCUCCAGCGGACAUUCUUUCCGCUUUUUCUCUUUCUUGAUUACACUUAUUUUCAAAUGCUAAAUUAUUUUAAAUCAAUGAUUUAUAGAAUUUAUUUCCCUGUGAAUUGUCCUUCUAAACAUUCGUUGUAUCCUUUCUAUGCAUUUAUACAUCUGCAUUCCCCGCAAGGGUGGGGUGGAUAUCUGAAUAAUAUAGUAAUGGCAGGUUUUUCCAUUAUAAGUAAGUUCCGUUACAUAAUCCUACUUGGGUUGAAAUUUAUAUUCAAUUUCCACUCUUUUUGUGCUAGUCACAUCAUUAUUUAUGAAAUAUGCUAAUUGUGGACUGAAUUUGCUCCAAACGGUCUUCUUAUUGGUUAUCUUGAAGAUCUUGGUGUCCUUCAUAUUUAGGCCAUUAAUAUACUUUUUUUUUAAUAAAUUAUUUUUUAUCCUGAUAUUAGCUAUCUUGAAGAGACUGAUGUAUUACUGACAACUUCAUUUUUUUUCUCUUAUUUUUCGUCAGAUGGCGUUUUCCUACUGCAAAUGACUUCGGAUCCGAAAUUAUCCCUGCAUCUGCGAAGGAAUUCUUUAUUAAGGUGCGCACUAGAAGUCCACUGCAUCAGACCAGUUCCCCACCUCCCCCCACCCUCCUCGGUUCUAGGUCGUCUAGUAGAAGACUUUUUAUUUAUCAUCUUAUAUACAUUAAAUAUUUUUAAUUAACGAAUUUUAGUAAUGUUUUGAACUCAAUGUUUCUGUUUAUCCACAACAGCACAAAAAUUUCAUCUACGACUGAGAUAUUCACUUAAUAGUUGUGGUAGUGAUUUCCCCAAGUUAUUAGAAGAGUUAUGAGUGAUACGACCCCAACAAGUAAUCAGGUGCAACGUUUAUGAGUGCCAGCCACCACCCUGUCCACCUUUAAAGUCCAUUUGACGUCCUCUCACCAAAAUUUAAAGGUUGUUAAUUAUUUUUCAAUGUUUUUAGAGGAGUCCCGGAAGACAAGUCUUUUGGGAUCAUUCAUAUCGUUUAGUUCGCACAGCUGUGAAAACUUAGGUUCAGUCCCUCCAAAACAUAUCUCGUGGGCCUUUUUGAUCAGUUGGUUUCCAAUCGUCUCGUAUUCAAUACUUUUCUUCAUUUUAAGUUUAAAACUAUAUGGGUCUAUCACUUUUCUACGCUGGAAUACUUUAAAUAUUAUGUGACCCCUCGGAGAACAAUAGAAGGUGCUCUCUUACCUUUAUCAUUUCUUAUUUACCUGGUUAACCUGAGAUGUCCGUUUCAGGCAUACUUAUUUAAUGAUUACUGGGAGGACAUUGGAACGAUCAAAUCCUUCUUUGAAGCAAAUCUCGCACUUACUGCACACGUAAGAGAUUAUUUAUUUAGAUUUAUCCUUCUUCUUUGAUGAGACAUGUCAUCAUCUUAUUGAUAGUCUUCAUCUGGUAUUAUCAUUUCUUCUUAUUUAUGGUUAAGUGAGCACAUAAGUAAUAUCAUCAAACAAAAAAAUUGUAUAAAACUAAUAGCAUCAACAUAACGCCAUAGGUGACUGAAAACUAGCUUUUCACAGUACAUGCGGUCAUAAUUUUUUUUCGGGGUAGGAGGUAAUCGUAAGAACAUAUGGAGCCCAUCAUAUUCUUCUGUAAAUAGCAUAAAUGCUAAAGAGUAGGAAAUUGAAAAACUUGGGGAUUGGCCCAGAAUUAGGCACUUAAUUAUGGAAAAUCGUCCUGCAAUAGUGGUAUUCUUGAUAAAAAAAAUUAUAUAAAGUAUAUGUGCGAUGAAUUCUAGGUAUCUGUCCAGGAAAAAUAAAACCACGUAGGGUUUGUAUGAGAACUGAUGCAAGCGAAUUCUGGAGGUGCUGACUGCAUUAGCUGGAGAAAUGACAACAUACUUCACCCCCUUCCUGUAACUGUUCGUUUCUGGAAUUGGCAGCCACCGCGGUUCAGCUUUUAUGAUGCAGCAAAGCCGAUUUAUACAUCGAGGAGAAAUCUCCCACCAUCAAAGUUUGACAAUAGCAAGGUUGGUUGCUGUUAUUUAUGAAUUUAAAAAUAUUAUAUUCGUUUAAAGGCUCAUUUUUCUGCAUAGAUGCGAAGGAUAUUACUUUAAUUUAAUUUCUGUUUUGUUUGUGCAAUAACUAAACAAAAAAGGCCAUGUAACUAAUGAGAAUAUGCCACUUGAAAUGCGACAUAUAUUAUCAGGAAUUUAAAUUCUUGUUCUUCUAAGUGAGAAUAUUUUUAUUUCAAUAUUAGAUUUAUCUUUUGGAGAAAACUAAAUUACUCAAUGUUGCUUGGAAUUGAGAAAAUCGUGAAUCUAUCUACACGUCAAACAAUGGAGCCUGGAAACUCAAACGCCAAACAAUUGUCUUUCGAUGAAAAAUAUUAUGCCACAUUGACUGUUGUACUGGAUUUUUAUUUAUUUAUUUAUUUAUUUUACCCUAAAGGUAAUAACCACACCUUUAACGAAAGGUGUUCAAAAUAGGCUCCAAGAAGUGCUUGGAGUCUUAUCUCGUGAAUUUUUUCUUGAAGCCUUGGAAACGAAGGAUCGAUCAAGCCAGAAAUGAUUAAAUAUAGUCUUAUGCCUAUUUUGGGAACGGAAAUAAUCAGUCAACGUCUUUCUGUCGGGCUUUCUUAUGGCUUGGUUUCCAGACUGUAAUCAUCCUACAGGCACAAUGUUCUGCGAUAGGGAUUACCGAGUUCCUUUGAAAGACCGAGGCAGCACUGGACUAGGUUGUUUUUAAACUAAUAUUCCUGGCAUGCCGUCUAAAACAGACUAGGAAAUAUUAAAAAAAAUUAAAUAUCCUAAUCAUCAUAUCUCUAGUUUCCUUGCUUGAAAAAGAAGAAUGAAUUAAGAUUUUCUGUUUCGAACUGUUCUCAGCUGAUCCUCCUCAUCUUGUGCGGAGAAGAAAUAUUGAAGAUUUCUUACACUUGGAAUUGUAUUUAUUUUAUUUCAAGAUUGUGGACUCAAUUGUAUCCCACGGAAGCUUUCUAGACAAUUGCACCGUAGAGCAUAGUGUCGUCGGCAUCCGCUCUCGCAUCAACUCAAACGUUCACUUGAAGGUGCGUUGUAUAUGCGCUAACAAGUACUUCAGCCCUCCCUCGGCAAGCCCAUGCUCAGAAAAAAAUAGAUAAACUCCUGGGACCGUAUGCAGGACGCCGUUAUGCUUGGUGCUGACUACUAUGAGACGGAGGAUGAAGUGGCCUCCUUGAUCUCUGAAGGGAGGGUCCCCAUUGGAAUCGGAGAGAACUCAAAGAUCAGGUCCUUCUCACCAGACCCACCCUGAACGCAUUCUAUCUAUCCUCUAGUGUUCCUUGUGUUGUCUGACUAUGAUCACUCUUCACAGGAACUGUAUCAUCGACAAGAACGCACGGAUCGGAAGAGACGUCAAUAUUUCUAAUUCCGAGGUGCGCGCCCUUUCUGACCCCAAUAAAACCCGUUGACUUAUCCGGAGUUUUGGCUGAUGAUUGAAGAAUAUAUAUGUCUAUAAUUGACAGUAAACGAGACUAUUAUUCCAUGAAAUAACUGAAUCGGUGUUGCUAUAAAUCUGAACUCGAUUACUCUAAUGAUCGAUGCUACCCACUCUCUUUUAUUUGUUAUUUUUUCUAUAUAUUUUUUAUUGUUGUUGUUGUUGUUGUACUCUUUUCUCUGAAAGGGUUUAUUGAUAUUGUUUCUAACUGGUACUGUACGAUUUCAGGGGAUCCAGGAGGCCGACAGAUCUUCUGAAGGGUUUUACAUCCGAUCCGGCAUUACCGUAAUAUUAAAGAACUCAACGAUUAAGGAUGGCCUUGUUAUAUGA